ACAGCCACAGAGGAAGCAGAAUCGAGAUGGCCAACUACCAUUGCUCCCGGAGUGAUGCUCUUUACGAGUUGUGACUAAUACAACGUUAUCGUAGCCUUUUAUCGGUCGUACCGUGAUUAUUAUAUAAGUCAAAAACAAAUGCUCGCUUUUUGAAAAUCAUUUCUGGUUAAAAGUAUGUCUACUACGGUACACAUCCCAAAAACCAAAGGUUUCUAUUCCGGAGUUCGGUCAGCGAUGACAUCACUUCCUUUUCCGGUAACAUUUAGGGGCCUGCAAGAAGCAAAAGAAGCAAGGAUGCGUGCGGCGGAGCACGCCCAGCGCGUCCUGUCCAUGUUGAACCAGCAGAGGGCGGCAGGGAGGUUCUGCGACACCCUCCUGAAAGUGUCGGAUGGCGGGGUCUACUCUGCUCACCGCGGCGUCCUCGCCUGCUUCAGUCAAGCCUUCCAGAGCGCCGAGAUGUCCGCCGGCGAGGAGCUGAGCCUCCACGAGUGCUCCGGCCAGGGCUUGGAGCUCCUGCUGGACUUUGUCUACACAGGGCAACUCAAGCUGGACCCUGGCGUCCUGGACAAGGUGCGGAGUGCGGCGUCCAGUCUGCGUGUCCCAGAGGCGCUAGCGCUGUGUCAGUGCUUCAGGGACACGCCUGAGGACGCCCCCCCUCUCAAGCGGGGGAGAGGCAGGCCCCGGAAGACGGAGGCCGCCGACGUGGUUUCCGAUGCUAACUGCACGGCAUCUGCUCAAGACGACACUGGCUCUGAUGCGCACGCGGGAAGCGUGAGCGCCCCGGCCACCACACGCUCAGGCCGGGUGGUCAAAGGUCCCAGACGGCUGAUGCCGGAUGAGGACGCCGCCGGUGAUGUCGCGCAGAAAUCCCCGCCUCCUCUUUGCCAUGACAUCCCAGAGCAGACCGCUGCUGGAAGUCAGGCUACGGAGCUGCCCAGCGAUGUCAACGACACGGACGCAGGCGAGGACUUUGAGACCGCCGUCCCGGACUCAGACGAGGAGUACAUUCCCGCCAGGCGGCGCCAGCUCACGUCGGAUGACGGCGGCGAAGCGGUGGCGGCGGAGGAGUCGAUGAACUCGGCACGCUGUCCCGUCUGCGGCAAAGUCUUCAAGAGCAAAUACUACCUGAAAGUCCACAACAGACGACACACGGGAGAGAAACCUUUCGCUUGCCAGAAAUGCGGGAAGCGCUACUUCCGAAAAGAGAAUCUGAUGAUCCACCAGCUGAGGCGUUGUAGCAGCACACAGACGUACGCGUGUCAGACGUGCUCGGCGACCUUUGGAGACAAAGAGGCGCUGCGUGCGCACGUGGUCUCCCACACAGGACAGAUGCCCUACAAGUGUCCCACGUGCGCCGAGCAGUUCAUGUACAAGAAGAACCUGACGGGUCACAUGAUGAAGGUCCACGGAUACCCCAAGCCGCAUGCGUGUCUUCAGUGCCCCAAAGGCUUCCUGACACGCUCGGAGCUGCGAGUGCACGAAGCGUCCAAACAUCGCGGUGAAAAGCCCUUUGUGUGCGAGGAGUGCGGCCACCGCGCGUCAAGUCGCAACGGCCUGCAGAUGCACAUCAAGGCCAUCCACAGAAACGAGCGGCCCUUCGUGUGCAGCAUCUGCAGCCACGCCUUCUCCCAGAAGAACAACCUCAACAUGCAUCUGCGCGUGCACAGCGGCGAGCGCCCCUACCAGUGUCAUCUGUGCGGAAAAACCUUCCGAACACAAGCCAGUCUGGACAAGCACCACCGCACACACACGGGUGAGCGUCCCUUCCCGUGCGACGUGUGCGAGCAGCGUUUCACCGAGAAGGGCGCCCUCCUGCGCCACAAGGCCAGCAAGCACGAGGAGGGUCGCCCCCACGGCUGCCACAUCUGCAGCAAGACCUUUAAAGCCAAAGAGCAGCUGAGGGUUCAUCUGCGGCGCCAUAAGGGUGUGAGGAAGUUUGAAUGCCCCGACUGCGGGUACAAGUUCACCCGACAGGCUCACCUGCGUCGUCACGUCCUGAUCCACAAGCGCACCGAGAACUACAACCCCCGUUUGAGGAAACUGAGGAACGUGGUCGUGGAGGAUGACGAUGGCGAAGGUGAUGAGGCAGUGCCGCUAACAGAGACCUUUGCGGCCACCGUGGAGACGCUUGCUCAGCAGGAGGAGGAGCGGGAGGAGGUGGUGGAGGUUCCUGCGGGCCCCGAGGAGGUGACGAGCUCUGCUUCCUCAAGGCUGGGCCUGGACUGCGUGGUGCGAGUGAUCAUAGAGUAGAGCAGACGUGUUGCAACACUGAGGGAAGAGACAUGAUGAAAUACGAAGGUCAUGAUACUGUAGGAUACUGCACAUGGACGCCAUGACACUCACCACAGCCGCCCUCCCAGAGAGAGUCUAGUUGCCUUUGGUGGAACCAACUAACAAUUAAACAACACACACGUGUGACGUAUGGCUGACAGACACAUUUAUACAUUCCAGGUCAAUGCAUCACUCUGCGCUUGCUUAAAUACAUUGUUUAAGUCAUGCAUUUCAUUUCAUUGUAAAAAAACAACCCCCCUGGUACACAAAGACACUAGACUGUUAGUAUUAGCAGAGAUAAUUAGCAUUAUAGGUAGAUUAGCAUUCCACAGCGCCCCCUGCUGGUUGUGCUGCUCAAUAUUCUACCCAGCAGUCCUAAACUUCAAUGAAGCCAUGGUGUCAACUGUCCAUGGAAUGUAGAUGUAUUCAGAAUAACGUUGUAACUGUCAAUAAGUAGCAUAAAGUUUAAAUACUAACCCAAAAUGACAAUCCCCCGCCCCAAUAAAAGAAACGGACAGACCAGCAGUAAUUGUGCAAGAAUAAAGUCAAAAAUGAAGAGACAAAUGUUGUAAUAAUGAGAAUGACUUUGUAAUAUGGAGGAAAAUAAUGUCAAUAAGUUGACACUCAAGAAAUAUGUAAGUAGAGAGAAACAAAAUGACAAAAAUGUCAACUCUUUUGCCUCUAAAAUGACAAUUUCUGUAGUGUUUUGACAUUCUUGGAAUUGUUGUUAUUCUUAGACACACUUUGGACACCCCUGUGGUACCCUGCUUACUUAGUUCUUUGCCACCACUUAGCAUUAGCCCCUCCACUUACGCUACUCAGCCGAGAUAGCGACUGCUGUGAGUGGAAGGUGCCCGUGGCCGGGGGUGCCGCCAGUGCUUGAACGCACAUAGUAAGAACAUAGGAGCGCCAAUGGAGACACGGGCGUAGACCAGUCAGCUUGCUAUUAGCAUUUUGGGCUAGUGGCGGUGGGAAAUGAAGGCAAAGGG